CAUUGCGCGUACUUUCUACCGACAUACGCAUGUCAGAUGCGUAUCGUAAGAAACGUAGGCAUUGACUUUCUACGUAAUCGAGAGGCAUCGCGUGUGUUACUUUCAUCGAGCAGAGUUGAUCGUUGAUCGAUUUCCUUCUUACAAUCUCGCACGUUCCUUUCUCGAUAACGUUGCUUCUUCCUAUUUUUCUUCCUAUUUUUCUUCCUAUUUUUCUUCCUAUUUUUCUUCCUAUUUUUCUACCUUUGCCACGUUUCACAAAACGUACAUAUUGUUCUACAACGUCACGUUAUAUGGUACCGUUCUUUCAUAUUUGUCGAUCGAUCGGACGAUAGUGAUGAACGAAUAGUGAAGGAAAACAACGAAACAUAAUAAGGGAAACACUCGCUACGUAACAUUAUCCACGAAUAUAAUUGAAUUAGUGAUAAACGUUCAAAUAUAUAUUAUGAGCGGGGAACAUGGUCGGAAAUCGAACUACAAUUCUCGACUACUCAUUACUGAGGUUAUGGUCUUGCUCCUUAUCGUUACUGGUGUUAUAUUGUUUGUCUAUAGCAUGACAUAUGCAUUCGCGAUCGGUGCCAGGAUCGAUCAAACUUCUAUGCAACUUGUAAUAUUUGUUUUUCGGCAUGGAGAUCGUAACCCUACGGAAACAUACCCAAACGACCCGUAUCGAGAUUACAAAUGGCAAGAAGGCUGGGGAGCUUUAACCAAGGAUGGCAUGUUACGAAUGUACAACAUUGGCCAGUGGAUUCGCAACGAAUAUGGCUCAAUAGUUGGCAACAAGUACAAAAGUGAUGUGUCUUUAACGCAGAGUAGUUAUGCAGAUCGAUGUAUAAUGUCUGCACAAACUUUACUAGCUGCUUUAUAUCCACCAACCAAAGAAGAAAUGUUUGUGCCUAAUUUGGCUUGGCGACCCGUUCCUGUUCAUUCUACCCCUAGACAUUUCGACAAGAUGAUCGUAGUUAAGGCUCCUUGCCCACGGUUAGAGAAAGCUCUGGAAGAAGCAUAUGCAAACGAAUCCCUGCAUCCAAAUACUCCAUCGGCCGAAUAUUAUCAAGAACUUUCCAGUUAUACCGGGAAAAAUAUCGCAACCAUCACCGACGUUGAAUUUUUGUACAAUACCUUGGAAAUCGAGAAACGUAAUAAUUUCAAGUUACCCGAAUGGACAAACAAGUAUUAUAAUCAACACAUGCGUAAAAUCGCAGCCCGUAGUUUAGCCUUAUUUACUAGCAAUACAUUGCAACAACGACUUCGUGGUGGACCAUUACUUAAACAUAUCUUGGAGCAUUUGCAAGCUUUCAACAAUGGUCAAGAUACUAGACGAGUGUAUCUUUAUUCUGUUCAUGAUACGACUAUCGUUAACUUGUUACGAACCAUGGGAUUCAGGAAUGAGUACUUUAAACCCGACUAUGGUGCGACGCUUAUUUUCCAAAUGCAUGUUUCAUCCAAUUUUCCAGAAGAUGUGGAAUUAAAGUUAAUGUACCUGAAUGACACAGAACUAAUGACACCGUAUUAUAUGAAUAUACCAAAUUGUAGUACGCCUUGUCUACUAAAGAAUUUAUUCAAAUUAUGGGAACACGUGCUUCCCGAUAACUGGGACAGCGAAUGUCUGUUAACCAUCCUUCCAUUACUAUACGAAAUGUUCAGCUGGUUAAAUCGGGAGGAAGGUGGUAAACAGGAUCUGUUUGAAAAUGUUGCGGAUGGUCUUAAAAAGAUAUACAAGUCUAAAUUGCUACCUCUCGAACAACAUUAUCAAUUCCAUGAUUUUCAUUCGCCUCAACUCAAUGAUCCAGAUUUUGAUGCAAAACCUAUGAUCCUUCUGGUGGGUCAAUACUCUACUGGAAAAACUACCUUCAUCAAGUAUUUACUAGAACGAGACUUUCCUGGAAUAAGAAUUGGCCCUGAACCAACGACAGAUCGCUUCAUUGCAGUUAUGUACCAUGAGAAAGAGGGCGUUAUCCCUGGGAAUGCUUUAGUCGUUGAUCCAAACAAACAGUUUCGUCCAUUAUCUAAAUUUGGAAAUGCUUUCCUUAAUAGAUUUCAAUGUUCUACUGUUGCAUCUCCUGUUCUCAAAGGGAUAUCCAUAGUUGAUACACCUGGUAUAUUGUCAGGUGAGAAACAAAGGGUUGAUAGAGGUUACGAUUUUACCGGGGUUAUGGAAUGGUUUGCAGAAAGAGUAGAUAGAAUCAUACUCUUGUUCGAUGCUCACAAAUUGGACAUCUCCGAUGAAUUCAGGCGAUUGAUCGAAGCAUUACGUGGUCAUGAUGAUAAAAUUAGAAUUGUUCUCAAUAAAGCUGAUAUGAUCGAUCACCAACAGCUCAUGAGAGUUUAUGGAGCAUUGAUGUGGUCCUUGGGAAAAGUUCUACAAACUCCUGAAGUAGCUAGAGUAUAUAUUGGAUCAUUUUGGGAUCAACCUUUGAGAUACGAUGUAAAUAAGAGAUUAUUCGAAGAUGAGGAACAAGAUUUAUUUAAGGAUAUGCAAUCGUUGCCCGAAAAUGCGGUAGUUCGAAAGCUCAAUGAUUUCAUUAAACGGGCACGAUUAGCGAAGGUGCACGCUUAUAUAAUCAGCGCUUUGAAAAAAGACAUGCCCAACGUUUUUGGUAAAGAGGCCAAAAAGAAGGAACUUAUAAAAAAUUUAGGUCAAAUUUAUGAUCAGAUAGAAAGGGAACAACAAAUUCCGGACAGCGAUUUUCCGGACAUGAAAAAAAUGCAAGAAGCUUUAGCUCAUCAUGAUUUUAGUAAAUUUAAUUCUUUGAAACCUAAAUUGUUGGAAGUGGUUGAUAAUAUGUUCAUUAAAGAUAUUGCUAAACUCAUGACUAUGAUCCCUCACGAAGAAACCGGCAAAACGUCGGAGUUACUCGUUAAAGGCGGUGCAUUCGAAGGUGUGGAAGAUCAAGUGAGCCCAUUUGGAUAUAAACGGGGAGAAGGUAUUGAUGCUGGCUCAGGUGAACCUGAAUGGAUUGUUAAUAAAGAAAGGUAUAAAUACAAUAUACUAUUCGAAACGCUCGAUCCGUGUGAUGGGAAAAUCACAGGGGCAGCGGCUAAAUCGGAAAUGAUAAAAUCGAAAUUACCAAACAACGUACUUGGGAGAAUUUGGAAACUAUCCGAUAUUGAUAACGACGGAUUUCUGGAUUCUGAGGAAUUUGCCUUAGCAAUGCAUUUAAUUCGUGUAAAACUCGAAGGUUAUGACUUACCUUCAGAAUUACCGGAUCACUUAGUACCACCAACGAAGCGGAACAAAUAAUUUAGUUCAAAUGUUGUACUCACCUCUUGUAUCUAUUCGUCGAUAUGUUUGGUACAUGUUUGGUGCACACAUUAUAUGAUCAUAUUUAUUAAUUCGCCAACACAGUAUCGCUAAAUACAUCGAUUAAUGCCGCUAGAUAUAUCAAAUGUUCGAAAGAGUACGCAAUAUUCACGAAGUUUAUUUCAAUAAAUAACUUUAUAUGACAUUCAAGUAUGCACGGUUUUUGCCUGACUAAGAUGUGAAAACAUUAGAAGAAAAAUGAAAAAGAGAGAAAGGAAUAGAAAAGAUAUAAUAAAAUGAUUUAUUUGAUUUAUAAGUUGUUUUUUUUUUUUACAAAUGGCCUAUAUAAUAUUAUCGAAGUAAAUCACGUACCCU